UUUAGACUUAUGCAACUAAAAAAGAAGUCGUUACUUUGUCCGUAUCUAGAAAAGUGAAAGCAAAAGCUUCCGUCACAAGCCAAACCCGAACGCCGCCACCACAAAAACUAACCGCAUUUUCUAUACAGAGAUGUUGAGCCGAAUGUCACACCUAUGUGACAAACGUUUGUUCACUCAAUUCGUGUAGUAGUAUAGUCGGACGGAGGACUUUAUUUAUUCAGAUUAUCUAUCACCCCUUUACAUAUAGAGAUGCCUUCAUCAUCAUCGCCUUCUUCUACACAGCAGCAAUUGAUGACAAUUGAUGAAUCUGUAACCUUAAUACCUGGCCUUCCAUACGACGUUGCAUCUCUGAUUUUAUCAUUCAUUCCUUACUCCCACCAAUCACGUCUCAAAGCCACCUGCAAAUCAUGGUGUCUAUUUUUCUCAUCCAAAACCCUAAUAUUUCACCGCCGUAAACUCUCCCGCCUAUCGCAUCUCCUCUGUAUAUUCCCUGAAGAUCCUUCUAUUUCGUCUCCUUUCCUCUUCGACGCGUCUAAUCUCGCGUGGCGUCCACUCCCGCCUCUCCCUUGUAACCCCUCCACCUACAGUCUCACCAAUUUCACUUCCGUCUCCCUUGGGCCCGACGUCUACCUUGUCGGUGGGUCCCACUUUGACGCGCGUUCCUUUCCUUUGGAUCUACCACUCCCGACUGACUCGGCCUUCAGGUUCAAUUUCAUCACCUUCUCGUGGGAGAGAAUCGCGCCGAUGAUUUCGCCACGCGGGAGCUUCGCUUGCGCGGCGGUACCGGGAUUGAAUCAGAUAAUUGUUGCCGGUGGAGGGUCCAGGCAUAGUUUGUUUGCUGCGGGAGGGAGUAGGAUAAGUUCGGUGGAGAGAUAUGAUGUGGCGAGAAAUGAGUGGGUAGAGAUGGAUGGGUUGCCCAGGUUUAGAGCGGGAUGUGUGGGGUUUAUGGCGGAGGAAAGUGGUGAGUUUUGGGUGAUGGGUGGGUACGGGGACUCGAGGACGGUUUCGGGAGUGUUUCCUGUGGACGAGUACUACAGAGAUGCAGUGGUGCUGGAACUGAAGAAGAAUGACGAUGAUGGUAGUCAUGGUUGGGGGACUUGGAGGGAAGUUGGUGAUAUGUGGGGGGAAGGGGAGAGGACACGGCUAGGGAAGAUUGUCGUUAUGGAGGAUGAAGAUCAUCGAAGGCCUGAAGUUUUCAUGCUUGAUAAUAAUGAUAUCUCAAGGUAUGACAAGGCUUUGAACCGGUGGCACAAGGAGACAUCGGUGCCAAGAAAAGUUCCUUGCAAGAAAUCAUUUGGUUUUGUUGCAUUGAAUGGAGAGUUACAUGUGAUGAGUCCUGUAAAUGGAAUAGAUUCAAUGGAAACGCGACGACCGCGACAACAUAAAAGAGGAACUCUGUUCAUCCAAGUCUACCAUCCUAGGAAGAAGACAUGGAGGUCCAUUUAUACAAAGCCACCAUUUCCUCAGCCAUUGGAUUUCAGUACUGCAGUUAUGUGCUCCAUUAAGCUGUAGACAUAAUUGUCUUGUAUGUAGUGCAAAUACUUGUACCUGAAUUGGUUAAGCAUUAAUAUGUGUAUACAUUGUGUCUAUGUUGAUACGACUGGUUCUUUGUGGUUAGCAUAUUAGCUAAUCAAUGAACAGAUUGAUAAGGUAUAGAAUCAGUUCAGUGAAUGAAUGUAAAUACGCAAUACUAAAUACACAAUACUAGUAUUGUGUCUUUAUUUCGUUUCACCAAAAUAGAAUAAAAAUGGGCGUGCAUAUAUUAUUUUGGUGCAGUGGUUCACAAC